CCUUGUCCCCCCCGGCCCUCCCCCCAGCCAUGGAGCCCCCCCGGGCACCUCCAACCCCCGAGCUGGAAUUUGGGGGGCCCUGGGGCGCGGGGGCUCUGACGCUGCUGCUGCCGCUGGGGCUCGUGGGGGUCGUGAGCGCGUGCAUGGGGGAGGGGGAGGGCUGGGGGACCCCCGCCCUGGCCCUGCCCACCCCCCCCACCCUCGCGCUCGUCCUCGCCUGGGUGGGCGCCCACGCGCUCGGGAGCUGCUGGAGACCCCCGAGGAGCCCCGGUGACGCCCCAGGACCCCUCUGGGACCUCGGCUGGCUCUUGGCGCUGGGGGGGGCCCUGGGGGGGGCUCUGGCCCUGGGGGUCCCCCUGCCCCCCCUGUGCCCCCUCCUCCCCCCGCUGGCGGCGGCAGCGUCCAGCGUCGCCUUCGGCCUCGGGCUCGUCCUCCUCGCGCGGCGGCGACUGCGGGGGGGAGGCACUGGACACCUUGUGUACGAUUUCUUCGUGGGGGGGGAACUGGGGUCCCCGCUGGAGCCCCCCGAGAGUCUGCACUGGGAGCGGGUCGGGCUCUGCGCCUGGCUGCUGGUGCUGGCGGCGGCUCUGGGGGAGCAGCAGCGGCUUUGGGGGUCCCCGUCGCUGCCCCUUGUGCUCGUGGUGGCCGCUCAGGGGGUCCCGGUGCUGCGGCGCCUCAGGGAGCUGAGCAGGAAUUCUCCCGCCGGCCCCGGGGGGUUCCUGGGAGUCUUCGGGGCUCUUGCCUGGGGCCCUUUUGGGGGUCCCCUCCCAGCGCUGCUGCUCCUGCGAAGACCCCAAAACAAGCUGGGGGGAGCCGGGGGGGCUGCCUGUGGGGGGCUCUACGCCCUGGGGUUGUGGAUCUUCCACGGUGCCACCACCCAGAGGAGCCUCUUCAGCCGUGACCCCCGAGACCCCCGAGUGGCCGGUCUCCCCACAGUCCCCACGGCCACGGGGCAGGUGCUGCUGGCAGGGGGCUGGUGGGGGCUCGUGCGACGCCCCGAUGACCUUGGGGAGCUGCUGAUGGCAUUGGGCUGGACCCUUCCCUGCGGUGAGACCCCCCCUCACCCUGCUGGGGCACCCCUCCUUCGCUGGGGUCCCCCCAAAACCCUGUGUCGCUCCUGA